CAGCGUGCGGAGAGCAACCCCAGGCAGCCACACUCCAGCGCGGGCUGGGGCCAGGCUGCUGCGCCUCCACAUCAGCCAAAGGGGGUAGCAAAAAGGGGAGCAAAAAAGGCGGCAUCACCUCGGCAUCGUCAGGGAAGCAAGACGAGAGCUUUGCAGGAAAGCAGGGCAGGAAAGUACUUUUAUGGGGUUGUUCACAGCCGCUCUCAGAGGAGGGAGGAGGAAGUACAUUGGCAAAUCAACCCUUGCUGAGCCGUCGCUCUUCGUGGGGGGGAUCGCACCCUGGACGCAGGAUCCCCAGGGGACUAUCAGAGCUUCAUUUCAGCCCGUCUCCUAAGCAAGUUCCCCCUUGAAAAAAAAAAAAAAGCCCCUCCUGAUCUAAAAUGUCCCUCAAGCUGCCACGGAACUGGGAUUUCAACCUGAAAAUGGAUGCUGCAAAAAUAGCCCGCUCCAAGAGCGUGAUGAGCAGCGAGCCAGCGGGCGCCCGGCCGGCCUCCCCCAACCCGCUAGAGCGGCCCCUGAAGAUCGGCUGGCUGAAAAAGCAGCGCUCCAUCGUCAAGAACUGGCAGCAGCGGUACUUCGUGCUUAAGGGACAGCAACUUUACUACUACAAGGAUGAGGAUGAUGUCAAGCCCCAGGGUUGCCUGUCUCUCCAGGGAAGCACCAUCAAGGAGGUGGCCAGCAACUCAGAAGAAGGAGGGAAAUUUAUCUUCGAAAUCAUCCUAGGGGUGUCUGGAGACCAGAACCGGACGGGGCAGGACACCUGUGUGCUCAUGGCUAAUUCCCAGUCUGAGAUGGAGGAAUGGGUUAAAUCCAUCCGACGAGUGCUGGGGUCAGCGUCAGGAGUGGUGUUUGGCCAGCGCUUGGCAGAGACCAUGGCCUAUGAACAGAAAUUUGGGCAGCACCAGGUCCCCAUCCUGGUGCAGAAGUGUGCAGAGUUCAUCCGGGAGCACGGCAUGAGUGAAGAGGGCAUCUUCCGUCUCCCCGGCCAGGACAACCUGGUGAAACAGCUCAGGGACGCAUUUGAUGCUGGGGAAAGGCCAUCAUUUGACCGGGAUACGGAUGUGCACACGGUGGCUUCUCUGUUCAAACUCUACCUGCGGGAGCUCCCGGAGCCAGUUGUACCCUGGAUGCAGUACGAGGAUUUCCUGCUGUGCGGUCAGGCACUGGAUGCGGAUGAGAGAAAGGGCCAUCAGGAACUCCUGAAGCAACUGUCCCUCCUUCCCAGAGACAACUACAACCUCCUCAGCUACAUCUGCAGGUUUCUACAUGAAAUACAGUUGAACUCUAGUGUCAACAAGAUGAGUGUGGAUAACCUGGCAACAGUGAUUGGAGUGAACCUCAUCAGACCCAAGAUAGAGGAUCCCGCGAUUAUUAUGAGAGGCACACCACAGAUCCAGAAAGUGAUGACUGUGAUGAUAAGUGACCAUGCAGACCUCUUUCCCCCGUCCAAGGACGUGCCGCCCUCCUCACCUGCCCAAAAAAAUGACAAGAAGGCCCCAAUCCCACGCAGCUCCGUGGGCUGGGAUGCUGCAGAGGACCCUGCGGUGCCCAGGGCAGAGAGCUUGAUCCAAAGGGAAAUGAGAGGUGACCUGAAUUCCAGCAGUGCCCCCGGACCGGCUGCGAGCUCAAGUGCACCCAGAGAAGAUAAUGGGUCCAAAGAUACCCUGGGAAUGUGGAAAACACAGUCGAGGAAAAGAACUCAGACUUUACCUAACAGGAAAUCUUUCCUGACGGCUGCUGCUUCGGGGGAGAAAGGCAGCAAUGACAAAAAUGACAUACGUGCCAGUGACUUUUGGAAAAGCUCCCCUGCGAGCAGCGCACACCCCGUGGUCCCUGACGGACAUAAGAGAACAUUGUCUCAUGAUCUUUUUAAGCUCCUCGACCUUCACCGGGCUUCAACCUACGAUAACGUUCCCACCUCCCAGGCAGAAAGUGGGGAAGGCAGAGGCUCCAGCCCCAGCCCCAGCCCUUCGAGCUGCGUCUCCGAUAAGGAAUUUCAACCCUGCCCCAGUCCCAGCCAUCAGCCAAAGGAAAUAGCCAGUCCUACCAGCAGCCCGGCCGAAGUCUCCCAGCCCGAUCAGGAGAGCAAGGAGUUUCUGCAAAACAUGAUCCUGAAGCUGGAAAAAGAAAUGGAAAUACAGAAAAAUGACUACGAGGAACAAAUUAAAAGUCUCGAGAAGGAAAACUAUGAAGUCUGGGCCAAAGUGGUGAGGCUGAAUCAGGACAUUGAGAAGGAGAAGAAGAAGUGUGAGGAACUGGAGCUGAAGUUGAUGAACAUGGAGCGCUCACGGGAGGACAUGGAGAAGAAAAACAAGAUGCUUGAGGAGGAGAUAAAAAACUUAUCUAAAUCCACGAGCAAAACUGAUGCCAAAACCAACUAGGUGAAGAUACCCAGCUGUGCCCAGACAUAAAAUGGAGCUGCAUGAAUCCACAGGAAUUGCCAAGCAGGUUCAGAUCCAGGGACUUGUAUCAUCCGGUGUUCUGCUACUGACUGCGGGCUGGUUCGGAGAAAGGAGCCCAGAAGUUAGAGGCUGGUUUAUGCUCUGAAACAGGAACUUUCAAAAAUAUUCUUUAGCUUUUUUGGUGUGGUUUUUUUCAACUCCUCUUUCAGCUGCUCAAGUUACCUGUAGAACAGGCCAAUACUUCUUGCUGCUCAAACAGAAUAUCUUGCACUCAGGAGUUCAGGUUAAGGACGCAUUAUGCCUUUACAAAAAUAAACCAGCAAGCAUCCCCCCUGCCAGCCGGCUGGCUCCUUGCUGCAGACACCCACAGUGCUUCUGAGUGGAACAAAAACUCCAUGAAUCCUGGAUCUGGGAAGACAGAAAAGCCCCGAGGUCUGGGGUGACACAGCCUGUCACGCAGUGUGUCUGGAUGAUGGGCUACAAAUGCUGUCAGCACCACGGUCGAGAUGUUCACAUACAGUUGAUUAUUGCUCUUAUAGAGUAAGCGAAGCCCAGACAGCCCAUCGGGUCCACGGAGAAGAGGUCUCAUACAGCAUCACUCGCUGUGCUGUGCCAGACUCAUCGAUAUCAAGGCUCCCAGUAUCAAAUCAAAAUAUCAUUAAAAACUCUUUCAUUAAGCAGCUGUUCAGUUAUUUUAAAUCACUGUUCCUUACAGCCAUGUGUAUAUAAAUCCAGCAUGGCCGGUGACAGGGCUUUGGAGAGCACUUUGACACAUCCAUACACCGAGCUCUCUGUGCAGAGGGAGUCCAUCAGCAACUUUACCCGGUACAGAAAAUGGGGCUUCUGCAUUUUUCCUAUGGAUGGUUUUCAAAGAAUAACAGAUCUGGACUUAUUUACCGCCUCCACUUUUGUUUUUCAUCAUUUCAUCAGUGUAGAACAGGAUUUUCUCAGCCACCUUGGUGGAAACCUGGGUUUGCACCCCAACGAUGAUGCUGGGUCUCUCUUGCUGCCAUCAGUGUCAAGACUAACCAGGCCCGAAGGUCUCAUGGUGCCAGUGUGGCUAUUUGUAAACUUAUCUGCUUGUUUUCCCACUGCCUGCCAGCAAGUCUCCCUUCCAGCAGUACCAGGAUGCUGCGGAAGCUUUUGGUGUAGGAAAGAAAAUAACAGGACUCUGCAAGAAAACCUUUUGCUCCUCAUUUAUGUUAAGAAUGGGGAACACCACCACACAGCCUCAGCCCAGCCUAGAGCCUUCAAGGGAAGAGAAAAGGGAAAAACACAGAGAUCUGCAGGAGUUUUCAAGCAAGAUGUCUAGGACCAAACGUGUGUCUCUGUGCCAAGCAUGGUGAAGUUAAUGCAAUGACACUGGAUUACUGCUACUGAGGACUUGGCUUUGGUGAUACGGAAGUUCAGCUCGAGACAGGCUGCAGGCCUGCUUGGCAGAGCCUGCAAAGAAAAACGAGCUGGUGAAAGAAAGGGACAAAGAGGGAACUAUGUGAAAAAGGGGGAGGUGGGAGCAGAAAAAUGUUAUCAGAGAAUAAAAGUCAAUACUGGGUAUAUAGCACUUGCUGCUGUCAGCCUUGCUGGGAGGGGACUUGUCUAGCCCUAAAACUGAGCCCAGACUCCUUAGUCUCAAACUUAGAUUCAGUUCGGUGUAUUGAAUCUGCCUCUGCUCAGCUGUGGCUAUAAAGUACAGGUAAAGGGAAGGUUUGUGAAACUUGAGCUGCAUUUAAGAAUCUGACCCAUAAAUAGCUCAUUCGACCUAUAGGCUCUGACUGCAGGUGGUUUUCCUUUCCAUAGGAUCCCCAGAAACGACACAGCUCCUCACUCUCCUGCCCACAAACCUUCACACCAAGGCAUUAAUUUUUUUCUGGAGGCCUGCAUGGGGUUACUGCAUGGGGCUACGGCAAAAUCACAGUGCCUUCCAGAGGACCCACAGCCAAGGUCCUCUGCUCUUGCAACGAUCAAAUCUGAUUAAAAUGUGUCAAAUCUGAUUAAAAUGUUUCAAAUCUGAUUAAAAUGUUUCAAAUCCAAAACUUGGUAAUUUGAAAUCUCAGUAAGGAUCACUGCAUUGGAUAAGCAGGCCUGGACCUGCUGGUGCAGAGCUCUGCAGCCCACAGCCUUGCAGAGGGAUGGGCAUCACAGGGGAGGACAGUGUGGCCUCCACCAGGCUUGGCCACCUUCAAAGAUGAGCUAUCCAGACCUCACCUUCCCCAUCACCUGCACGUCCCACACGCUACGACAUCCUGAGACGAUACAUUCCUUGUCUCCUCAAGUCUCUUUCAAGCACCACUAACACCACUGGUGCUGCAAGUCAAAGUUCCCACCAUGCACCUACGGGUCCCACAUCUUCCUGGCAUUCAAAUCAAGAGGUUUCCAAAGUGCCUGCGAGAUGCAUUUUGCUUGCUGUCAUUUCAGAGCAACUGUUCCCAUCCACGAUUCUUUUCUGAUUUCAGAUGACCUUGAUAGAGCUGCUUCAGUGUUUAUUUAAUUUUUUACCUUUACAAGGAACUCAUUACUAAUGUGGGCAUGAGGCUCAGGAGUCAUUUAGGGAGAAACUUCUCCAUCGGGUCUAGGAGAAACGUCGUGAACAUCUGGGCUGGAAAUGCCACACG